UCCUCCUCCUCCUGUUAUCUUCAUUGUGGCUAAGCUUGCAUAAGCAGUACCGUCCACCAGAUGGCGCUCACACUAAUCCAUUCAUUUACAUUUGUCGCUGUUAUCACCCCUCACCACUCAGUCAGUGUUGGCCUGCUUCACUCAUCCAACAGGUUAGUCAUUUCCUCUCUAAAGAUCUAAACUUUCCAGCCUAAACUUCACACUGUGUGUGUGUGUGUGUGCUGUGUGGGCCCAUCCAGUACUCUCUGCAGCGCACCAGUACUUCUUUUUGUGCCUUGCUGUGGCGCUGUGUGUUUAUUAAUUAGAUUGUUUAUUUUCUGGCUGAAUAUUGUCUUUCUGUUGAUUUCUGUCGUGUCGCCAGGUAUUGAUCAGUCUGUGUUUUUUCCCUUUUUUUCAGUUGUUUGCUGACGAGCUUCGGUAAAAAGUAUUUUAGAUUUAAAAAAAAAAAAAAAAUUCUCCCAAAACAAAAAGAGACAGAUCCCUGUCCGGUUAAGAUGAAGUGCUCAUUGAGAGUCAAAUGGUCAAAUGGGAGAAAGUUUUGAUACUAAUACUGCAGUGUGGCUCGUGUGUUUUUUUUUGUAUGAAGUGGAUGAAAUGUUGUACAUUUAUGCAGAAUAUAAUGAUGUUGCACUUUGGUCUCAGUGCGUAAAACUGAUCCUUACUCCAGUAAUUACAUGCAGUGCUGUUAUAUCAUUUUAGGUGUGUGCUUUAGUCAACUCAGGAGCAAAGGUCUGUUUGUCCUUUGGCUAACGAUUUACACCCUCUGUCGGCCUGGGUUCAUACGUGACUGUGCAUAGAUACAACUCUGCAGCUCCACACGUUGUUUCCUGAAACCAUCAAGAAACUUUUGGUAAAACUGUGUCACUCUCAUCAGGCGCUACUCAGAGGCGAUGACACUCCCGGACUCUUUCAUCCAGCGCCAGCAGCUGGACGCCAGCAUGGCUGACACCUUCCUGGAGCAUCUCUGUCUGCUGGACAUCGACCAGGAGCCAAUCACAGCGCGCAACACCAGCAUAAUCUGCACCAUCGGUCCUGCAUCCCGAUCGAUCCCCAAACUCCAGGAGAUGGUCAAAGCAGGAAUGAAUAUCGCUCGUCUGAAUUUCUCUCAUGGUUCACAUGAAUACCACGGUGAAACCAUCAAAAACAUCAGAGAGGCAGUGGAGACAGUUACCUCUGACCCCUUGUAUUAUCGUCCAGUUGCCAUCGCCUUGGAUACGAAGGGUCCAGAGAUCCGCACGGGAUUAGUGAAAGGGAAAGUGGAGGAGGAGGUGGAGCUGGUAAAGGGCAGCCACGUUCGUGUGGUGACAGCAGAGAGUGACAAAGACAAAACAGAUGGAAAGAUUAUCUGGGUGGACUAUCCCAGUCUUCCCAAAGUCCUGACGGAAGGGGGAAAGAUCUACAUUGAUGACGGCCUCAUUGGACUCAAAGUCACAGGAACAGGACCUGACUGGGUGGACACGGUGGUGGAGGCCGGCGGGAUGCUCUGCAGCCGCAAAGGCGUCAACCUCCCCGGCUGCGACCUGAUCGGCCUGCAGGCGGUCAGCGAGCGAGACGAGGCUGAUCUGAGGUUCGGGGUGGCCCAGGGUGUCGACAUGGUGUUUGCCAGUUUCAUUCGUUCUGCACAGGAUGUCAGGGAAGUGCGGCGGGCUCUGGGCGCGCAUGGACGAGAAAUCAAAGUCAUCAGCAAGGUGGAGAGCCGGCAGGGAGUUCAGAAUUUUGAGGAGAUCCUGGCUGAGAGCGAUGGUGUGAUGGUUGCCAGGGGCGACCUAGGGAUCGAGAUCCCAGCGGAGAAAGUCUUCAUCGCCCAGAAGAUGAUGAUUGGGCGCUGCAACUCUGCAGGCAAGCCCGUCAUCUGUGCCACACAGAUGCUUGAGAGUAUGGUGGCCCACCCACGGCCAACUAGAGCAGAGAGCAGUGACGUCGCUAACGCCGUGCUUGAUGGAGCCGACUGUGUAAUGCUAUCUGGAGAGACCGCCAAGGGACUGUUUCCUGUGGAGGCAGUGGCGAUGAUGCACUCGAUCUGCAGGGAGGCAGAGGCGGCCAUUUUCCACCAGCAGCUAUUUGAGGAGUUGCGUCGCCUCACGCCUCUCUCCUCUGAUCCCACAGAGGUCACAGCAAUUGGAGCUGUAGAGUCCUCCUUCAAAUGCUGUGCUGGGGCCAUCAUAGUCCUCACCACUAGUGGGAGAUCUGCACAUCUCCUGUCCAGGUACCGCCCUCGCUGUCCUAUCAUUGCGGUCACCAGAAGUCCUCAGGUGGCCCGUCAGUCCCAGCUGUUAAGAGGAGUGUUUCCUGUCCUCUUCCACCCUCUGCCUGCUCCUGUCUGGGCCGAUGAUGUCGACAACAGGGUCAACUUUGGCAUGGACAUAGGCAAAGCAAGAGGGUUCUUCAAAUCAGGCGACAUGGUGAUUGUGGUGACAGGCUGGAUCCCUGGGUCCGGUCACACUAACAUUAUGCGGGCAGUCAGUGCCCCAUGACAACCUGACCUGACCUGGACUCUCAAUCUGACUGACAUGCUGACUGGAAAGUGUUAGGGUCUCUUUAAGACAGUUCCUCUAAAGAACCGUCCCCUAAAAUUAAAAUAAUCAUUGUCACUGAUAAAUUAACAGAAAACAUCAAACACUUGCCACUGGAACUGGUCUCAUGAAUGUUGAAUUUGUGCAUAACAUGUUUUAAAAGCCAUGACUCCCUCCAAAUAAAACUUGAAACAUUAACUGUAA